GGCAGAACACAGGAAAUGAUAGGUUCAAAAUAAUGGCAUCUAAAACUGACGUUCAUGAUAUUUCAAAGCAAAUAGAGAAGCUUGAAAUUGAGCCCCAAUUCGACGUAUCUUCUGAUCUGGAGUCGGCCCUAUCGUUCGAUGGAAGGAAAGAUUCUUUGUCAGACAGCAACCUCAUACCGCGUGGUGCAAUCAGGACAACUAAACCGAGUAAACUGACUGAACCAUAUCAAACACGCCAACUUAGAUCGGAUGAACCAUAUGGCAACCAGUUUCCAAAUAGACAGUCUGGUGGACAAUGGAAUCAUAUGUCGCAACAAGCACAUCAGACAGGCAACGAUACUGUAAUUGAAAACCGGAAUGCAUCUUUUUCUGCCGAAUUUGCAGUGCCAACACCUAUGAAUCAGGAUACCAGUUAUCUUUCAACACGUCAAGUGUCCAAUCAAGACCUUCCUUCCUAUAAUGAAAAUGACUUGGACCUUGUUCUGGACACUAUUCAAAGAGAUACCACGUCACAAGCUGGGUUCACAACACCAGUAGAUAGAACAAUGGAUCCGCGUUUCAACGAAUUGUUACAUAGUCUAAUGGAAUACGACAAUGGGUCACAACAGUCUACCUCGGCCAGCACGAGUCAAUUCUUUCAAAAAGAGCCAUUUUAUCAAAAAACAGAAAACAGUCGCGUAUUGCCAUCAUCAAAUGCAACACCGGUUCAUCGAAAUAAACAUGCUGGAAAAAGAUCGUCCCGAAAUCUGCAGUCGGAGUCUUUUCAACCGUUUUCAUCGAACUUAACUGCAAACGUUUCCGAUUCGACAGUAGAAAAUUGUCCACCCCAAAAUGCAGAUUCAUUUGGCAGCGGUUGGCCACAAACUUAUAAUGCAGAAACUUGUCAAGCUGUUUCACAUUUUAAUGUUUCUUCAAGUAAUAACAUACUUCCAAUAAUCAGUGAGAUUUCAAGUAGCAUCCCAGUGACUCCAAUUCAUAUUAUUUUACAAGGGGGUAACCAGAAUAUUGCCCCAAGUGCUACUCAGCUUACCAUUCAAUCACUGAGCCAGCAGACGGCAGAACCAUUAAACCCAACUUUUCUAGAUACAUUGAAUCAGCAGACUAGUUCGCCAUUUAAUCAGCCGGCAACACGAACAGUACAGCUACCAUUGAACCAGACAACUACUCAGCCAUUUAUUCAGCCGGUAACACAACAAGUACAGCAAACAUUGAACCAGACAUCUAGUCCACCUUUUUAUCAGCCGGGAACACACCCAGUACAGCUACCAUUGAACCAGACAACUAGUCCGCCAUUUAAUCAGCCGGGAACACAACCAGUACAGCUACCAUGGAACCAGACAAUUAGUCAGCCAUUUAAUCAACCAUUAAAUCAACCGGGAACACAACCAAUACACCAAACACUGACAACGUCGAUAUCUCAAUAUUGUACACAAUCGUUGCAGCAAGGAUUCCGGAGUCCGGUGAAAAGUCAGACAGUGCAGCAGAGUAUUCAAACAUUACCAGUAACACUGAACCCGUUAUAUAUAACGCCAUUUCACCAGAGUCAACCUCGUAUUCAACUCUCACAUCAGACGUCUAACCAGCCGAAUAGACCAAUACUUCCGAAGCCAACGCAAUCAGUAAAUGCAAUUCAAACCCCUAGACUGAAGUCGACACCAACACACAGCGCUGUUGAAAGAGACAAGCAUGUUGCCCCAACACGAAACGUUGGCAAAAGUAAGUACAUGUAUGGUUUGGUUAUCUCUUAG